AUGCUACUUCUCUCCUUUUCGCUGCCGAGGCAACCGUGCGCCCUGCCGACGCUGGCGAGACGCGCGCGGCCGCUCUCCGCAGCCGCCGUGCGCGACGCCGGCUGCGAGCGCCGGCUGCUCCGUGGCGUCCUCGCCGAGGCGCUCGAGAAGCAGCGGCGCAAGCGCUUUGCGCUCACCGAGCAGUCGGGAGCACUGGAGCGGUCCCAGCUGCCCUCCGAGGCCAAGGCGCGCGCAAAGGCGGUCGCGAGAGCAGAGGCGCUCCCGCUGCUCUUGAGGGAAUGCGACGCAGCCGAGGCUGCACUGAGCGACCUGCAUGCGCGGCUGUACGAGCGCCGUCCCGACCUGCCGGCGCUCCGGCGAGCCAUGGAGGAGCUAGGACUCGAGCAGCGGCUCGAGCUCUACGACGUCGACCGAGCUGCGAUGGAUCAGUGGGGUCGCCCUGCCGGGUUUGAUGGGCUGGUCGUCGAUUCGCCUCGCGGCGUGCCAAUCCUCAUCGGGCGGCAGAGCUUCGCGGACCCGCUGCUGCGCCGCGUCGCACGAGGCGCGGACCUGUGGUUCCAGGUGCGCGCCUCUCGCGGCUCGCGCGUCCUCCUCCGAACCUCGAUGCGGCGCGACCUGACGAGGAGCCACCGCGAGUGCAUGGAGGCCGCCGCCGACCUCGCGGCGUACUUUUCCCCGCUGCGGAGGCACGGCGAGGUCGAGGUGAUGUACACCGACUCGAGGCACGUCGCCAAGCGCGGAGGCCGCGUCGGCCAGCUCAAGGACGGCAAGAAGAUUGGCCUGCUCACCGCCCACCCCGAGCGCGCUGCCCUGCUCGCCCGCGAGGCGCAGGACGAGCAGGGCUGGCCGGUGUGAGAGAGCUGUUGUAGAGAGAGGAGCUCAAGACAGCCUUCUGGAUUUGCUCGUGCGCGAGCAGAAUGCACAGGAUCCCAUGAUACACACACACAUCAUUUAUCAGGAAAAAC